CAUUCUUCUCUUUCGUCUGUUGUCCAACCAAAGGAGCGGUUGCUUUUGAGCACAUGAACAAGUGCUCAGAAGUGAGGGAAUCUGUACUUGUCUUCAGAGAAAUCUGACGUGGCUUUGUCACCUUUUUUUGGAAGUGCAUAUAUUGGAGAAAAAGGCAUUCUUGAGAGGGAUUUAAAUAAAACUAAAGUAGGGAAAGGUCAAUUGGAUUGUCAAGCAGAUUACCUUGACACAGUUAGAAUGGGAAGUCUGGCAGUGUGCAGAUUACAAGCCAUGGAUCCACGGUUAGUGCACGGUGAGGAAUAUGCUCUGUAGGUUUUUCUUUAUUUUAACAACUUAGUGUUUUGCUUUUUUAUUAUUUAAAAUUAUGGGUCAAGAACACAGUAGCACAGAUAAGGAAGUGACUCUCCAACAAAUGCAGGAACUCUACCGUAAAUUUGCGAGCGAAUGUCCAAGUGGAAAGCUCCACUUACAUGAAUUCAAGAGAAUAUUUGGAGUCAACAGCAACUCCACGGCAGAAGAAUCUGCAUAUACGGAAAAUGUAUUUCAAUCCUUUGAUACAAAUAAGGAUGGAAAUAUAGACUUCAUGGAGUAUGUGGCCGGGCUGCAUCUUGUUCUUCGUGGAAAACUCGAGGACAAACUGAGGUGGUCUUUUAAAGUUUAUGACCGAGAUGGAAAUGGCUGUUUGGACAGACAGGAAGUGAGACACCUUGUCAAAAUCAUCAACAAGAUAAAGAGGCACAAUGAUCCCGACCAAGGGAAUAUUGAAGAUAUUUGUGACAGAAUAUUUGAUCUGGUGGACAAGAAUAAUGACAAUCAGAUUUCUUUGGAGGAAUUUAUAGAAGGGGCUGAAAAGGAUCCGUGGGUGAUGGAACAGCUCAAACUGGACAUCGGGCCCUGUGAUUGGUUCCUUGAACAGCAGGAGAAGAAAAACUGACUUUAUGAUGUACAGCGUAUACCUUUUAUGACAAAUGAUUGGACGCUAAGUGACGGUAUCAAUCUGCCGUCAGAGAAACGCUGAUACAGUACCGGGUUUGUGAUUAUCCAAGGAACUAAUCUGCAUCGUGCUUUCUUAUCCUACAGUCCGAGAUUCAGGAUAAUCUCAGGGAUUAUUUGUUCAGUUGUGGGACAUGCCAACUGCGGGAGAUGCAGCCUGAAUCUUCUCCGUGGUCUCUGUUUUUGGAAGAGAAGCCUCUCACGUUCAUCUUCUUUUUCAACUAUUUCUUUUUAGAUUUUUUGCACUCACGUACGUUACAUCUUUUGUUAAAAAAGUCCCCCCCUCUACCCACAACAACGUUUUUCUCUCAACAUCUGUUACACUAUAAAGGCGCUGACUCACCAACACGAUUAUCAGCCGUCGGACAGUCUGGCGAGGUCGGUGACUCGAGUCUGUUCGGUUCAUUGACCAUUCAAUGUCCAUUCUGAUUGGUGGAGUGCUAGCCCUUGACUAGCAAAUCAGUGCACGAGAAAAUCGGAGCUGACAACGCCAGUAUCUAUUUAUUACAAGCCAUCGUAUUUCCUUCCGUUCAGCGAGUAACGACGACAACGACCCUUCUAUCAACACUCUCUGAUGAAAACAAUGACUGACGACAGCGUGCUCUGUGUUUACGAGGUCUGCAGAGAUGUUCCGUCAUUUCAUUUUUUGGUCGACAAUACAGAUUAGCGCCGCCUGCUGUUAUGGAGACGUAUUACGUGUCGCGCACGUAAUACGACAGGAUUAAAUGUACAGAACAAUGGCAGUGUUUUUCCUAUGUUUGUGGAGGACUUAGGUGCACGUAUUCUUUGGGGGGUUUAGGGGUUUCCUCCCUUUAAGAAAUGUGACUUUUUUCAACAACAAACAAUCAAUUUCACAUAAUUUUGGACCAUUAUUAUUCCAAUAUCUGUGUCUAAAACAUUGGAAAAGUUAAGGCAGAUAACACAUAAAUAACACUCAAAAAGCUAAAAGACAAAACUUGCUAAAGAAGCCUUGGUUAAAUCUUAGAAAAGUCAUUUAGUUAGUUUUGAUGCCGACAUUGAUUUUUACCUUCAUUCGGCUUAGGUGGUGUCCAAAACGCCUCAGGAGCUGCAUCUAAACCUUAUAAUUGUAGGAAAACCCUGCAAUGGCACCUCCAGCAAAGCAAUGAUAUGUAUAAAUACAAAAAUAAAUAAAAACCUUUGCUAUCGGC